AUGGUAACAACAGCAGCUGACAUCCAGACAACUCCCACUGUAACGACAGCAACGGCUACAAUGAGGCCCAAGCUCAUCGCAAGACCGUUCGACGCGGACAAACCCGCGCUAUGGACUGCGAACAUCAUCCAAUUGCUCGACAGGGAGAGCAUUGGGGAUCGAACUCCAUCGAAGCACCUGAGACAUUUAAAAAGUCUUGUUCCAGGCAUUGGCGACGAGGUCCUGAAAACGCUCUGGUUGUCUCAUCUCCCCGAGCAGACGCGAGCUACACUCGCCACCCAGGAGAACGCUUCCAUUGAUGAUCUCGCGAAGCUAGCAAACAGGGUGGACGAGGUAUUCAACCCGAACAGCAUCGCAGCAAUCACCGGCUCGCCAGCCAACGCAGUCAACACGGCACUCCUCGAGCGAAUUGAGCAGCUGACGGCGACCGUUGCCGCCAUGCAAACGCGCGACCCACGGUCUCAUUCACAAACACGUCGGGACGGCUCACGGGGUCAGCGCAGGCACUCGCGCCGACGCUCGAGCUCGAGGAAAGUAUCAAAGAAUUUUGACAUCUGCUGGUAUCACUACAAGCAUGGGAAAUGCCAGAGAGAGACAAUAAUGGCGGAAGUCGUCUCUCAAUCACAAUCCCGCCGCCUAUUUAUCACCGACAGAACGACUGGGACCCAAUACCUAGUGGACACAGGCUCAGACGUCUCUGUCACGCCUUGCAGGCGGCCACCAAGCAAAAGGGAGACCAGUGGCUAUAAACUCUUCGCGGCCAAUGGCACCCUCAUCGACACGUACGGCUACGUGUCCAUCUCGCCAGAUCUCGGUCUCCGUAGAGACUUCACAUGGCGAUUCAUCGAAGCAGACGUCAGUAAACCCAUCAUCGGUGCUGACUUCCUGCAUCACUUCAGUCUGCUACCGGACUUGAGAAACGGAGCAAUCAUCGACAGCGCGACAGGCCUCCAAUCGCAUGGCCAGUCCGCGCGAUUCCGCGCGACGUCUGUCAAGCUCCUCGAGAUCAACGAGGAUUCACCGUACGCGUCGAUCCUCAAAGGGUUCCCAGCAAUAACAAAACCCGGAGCAUUGCUCAGAAAAGCGGAGCACUCCACCGUUCAUCACAUAAGGACAACACCAGGACCACCAAUCUCCUGCAGAGCUCGCCGCCUAGCGCCGGAUAAACUCAAAACCGCUCAAGCGGAGUUCUCCAGCAUGCUGACGCUCGGAACCGCGAGGAGAUCUGAAAGUCCCUGGGCAUCCGCGCUCCACCUAGCUCCUAAGGGCAACAACAGAUGGAGGCCAUGCGGUGAUUACCGCGCACUCAACAACAGGACAAUACCAGAUAAGUAUCCUAUGACAUUUGGCCUCAGAAACGCAGCUCAGACAUUCCAACGUCUGAUCGACGAGGUCACACGCCAUCUACCAUUUUUGUUCCCGUACAUAGACGACAUCUUGGUAGCAUCGGAAGACGCGGAGCAACAUCACGAGCACCUGAGGAUCCUCUUCCAACGACUCCAGGACUACGGGCUGAUAAUCAACGUCGCCAAAUCAGUCCUCGGACAGCCAGAGGGGACGAACGUCAAGGGAAAACAACCAGUAGCCUGGUCUCCAGCCCUUGAAAAAGCAUUCACGCGCAGCAAGCAAGCGCUAGCAGAAGCCACUCUGUUGUCUCAUCCAAAUAUCGAGGCAGAGUGGGCUAUCUUCACAGACGCGUCGGAUCACGCGAUCGGCGCCGUUCUACAGCAGGAACACCACGGUUCCUGGCAGCCGUUAGCCUUCUUCAGCAAGAAACUUGGAAUUUCUUCGCAGAAACACGCGGCUUACGACAGGGAAUUGCAAGCAAUCUACGAGGCAGUACUGCACUUCAGGCACAUCUUUGAAGGACGACAUGAGACUGGACUACAUCGCCCAGUUUUCCACGGACAUCAGAUACGUCGCUGGCCCAGANGACUGGACUACAUCGCCCAGUUUUCCACGGACAUCAGAUACGUCGCUGGCCCAGACAACGUCGUGGUAGACGCCCUAUCACGAGUAGAGAAAAUCACGACUGCCGUCACACCUCCGCAGCUGGUAGAUGCCCAACGUGACGAUCAAGAACUCCGACAAUUACUUCAGCGACCGGACGUGAACCUGCGACUGGACCGCUUUCAACUCCCAGGAAUGGACGAACCACUGUACUGUGAUGUAUCAUCAGGUACAGUUCGCCCAUACGUUCCUGCUCCGCUGAGACGACAGGUCUGCAGCUCACUGCACUCAAUGGCUCAUCCUGGACCCAAAGGCAUGCGAUAA